GUAGCAGUCAGCCUGAUUUUUCAACCUCACACACAAAUUGAAAAGCGAGAUGCAAUAGCAGAAGCUGCUAAUUUGCUCGGAAUGGAUGAGGAUGCGAUGCAUAUGGCGCACUUUCAGUACCAGCCAUACGAAUAUGAACCCCUCAACGAACCAAAUUCGAUCCGGGUUGUAUCGCCACUUGACGACACUCUCAACCCGGUCAAGCCAACCAUCUUCGGCCAGCCGUUGAUACAGCUUUGUCUCGAUGCCAUUGAGUUGAACGAGAAUAGAGACUUCGAGGCAUUACCGAAAAUGCCGCACUCGCCAUUCGUUGACAAACCGGGGCAAGACACAACUUACAGCCCAGAGCUCAAUCGAUGCCCGAUUGCCGUCAACGGGCGUCUUCUUUUUGUCGGCCAGAAUGUUUACGAUUUCCUGCGUCACUUCCCGUGGACGGGCGCAGAAGAGCCGGACGUGGACCUUGAACGAACCCCGGAACUCGAAAGGACCGCUUUGAUGACAGCCGCGCAGGACGGAGAGCUGGAUGAGGUUCAAUCGCUUCUGCUGAAAGGGGCCAGUGUCCAUGCUGUCGACGCCAAUGGGCAAACGGCGCUGCACCGUGCAGCUUUUGGGGGGGGGGCAUUACAAAAUUGCGAAGCUGUUGGUCAGGGCGGGUGCCGAUGUAAACAAGGCGGACCGCACUGGAAAAAUCCCAUCCGGAACUGCGUGGAUUCAGGAAAGGCGCCCGACCUACAGCAUGCUGAAAGGCAGAGGUUGGAACCGCUCGGCUCGCCCAAGAACCAGUGGAUAUGGAUCGAGGAAAUCUGCUGCAGCCCAGCUGAGAUCAAAAGCAACGAUUAUGGCGUCCCCGGACACACUAUCUUGGAACACGCAAAGAGCAGCCUGAUCUGGAUUGGUGUGGAAGAUGAGCAUACGGCAUUUGUUCACCAGGCCGUGGAACACUUUCGUGUUAAUCAUACAUUCGUACUCAACGACACGAUCGUGAAGGUAUGGGAGGAGCAAGGCGCGCAAUACAAGAAGACCAAUAGAAUCCCCAAGUUUGACCAGUGGCCGGUUGGAGAGAAAGCCGUUGCUAUUCGGCAAUAUUGGGCAUUGUUCUUUCUUCACCAAAGAUCAUGGUUUUCCCUUUCCGAUCUCGAACCCGAGAGAAAUUUUAUGAAUAUGUUCGCCAAGAGCAUCAAACUGGUCUGUGGCAAAUAUGUAUUCGAUUUCUCAGACUUUGGUGGCCUAUGUAACUAUCACCCGGCAACAUUCAACCGAGGACAAGAGGAGCAAUAA